AUGGACUCUUCGCAUCGUGAGCCGCAACGGCUAUCAGCUCUAUACCAAUACCACAACGCCCCCGAGGUCGCACCGGCACAUGGCUUGGAGUACGACGACACCAUCUACCCUUCCUCCGACAAGUACCCAGUAGUACGCGAAAGAGCAUUCAGCGGAUCGGGCAAAUAUGGCUUCUCAAACAACAACCACCCACCCAUGAUCAUCUUUGGCAUGAAAGUACGGACGUUCCUGCUAGUAGCAUCAGUCAUGACAAUAGUCGUUGUUGGUGCAGCAGUAGGCGGAGCAGUAGGAGGACAGCAAUUACGAGAGAACCAGGCUCAGACGCAGAAUGUCUACACAAACGGCACAAACUCCCCAGCAACACCCCCCUCCUCAGCCUCCUCCUCCCCCAGCUCCACCUUCACCGCCGCAAUCCCGACUUACACCCCCCUCUCCGACUGCCCCCAAUCCAACGGCACCUCCUACACCAGCGCCUUCGCCCAAGGCUCCUCGGGCGACGUCCCCUCCCACGCGGGCCUCCACUUCACAAAAUACUGCGACCUCUCCAACCCGCUCGGUUCCAACGGAUCUCAACGCAUCGCCGAAGCAUUCGUCUACAGUUUCAGCGAUUGCGUGGAAGUCUGCGCGGGGUACAAUUUCUGGAAUAAUGGAGGCAAUUGUACUGUGGCGGUGUAUCAGAGUGGGGGAGGCAGGCCGGGGAAUUGUUGGGUGGGUUAUGCGGGACAGGUGGAGGUGGGAGAGUUGAAGGUUGUGCAGGGGACUGAUGUGGCGGUGCUGGAUUCGAGUACCUGA